AUGCGCUUCACCUCUACUCUCGUUUUGGCAAUUUCUGCCUUGACCUCUAUUGUUGCCUCCGCAACCACAACUUCAUCUGGCGAGAAUCCUAUCACCUAUCCUCUUGGCGGCAGUAUCAAGGCGGGUUCUGAUGUUACUAUCACUUGGAGCGUUACAUCUGGCACUUCUUGCGACCUUAUCUUAAGGAAGGGCAAGGACACUGAUUUGGACGAGGUCUUGAAUAUCGCAACUGGUAUUCCUAACACUGGUGCUUUCACUUGGUCUGUCUCUCCUAAGAUUCCAGCUGGUAGCGACUACUCCAUCCAGAUCGCCGCUGGUGAUAAGGACAACUAUUCCCCCAUGUUCACCAUUGAGUCCGAUGUGACCUCCUCCUCUUCCACCUCGGUUUCCUCUACUUCAACUUCCUCCAAGUCGUCGUCUUCUUCUUCUUCAAGCACUUCUUCGACUACCCUUUCUACCUCCACCACCGCAUCCACUACCGUUUCAACCAGUGCUACCACUACUGCAGCCAAUACUUCUACAACUGGAACAGGAUCGUCCAACUCCUCUGCCAUCCUUAGCACUACCCGCGCUGCUUCUUCUGCCACUCCCGAAGCCACCGUCGUGGCUGCCAAUGUCAACAGUGGUGCCCACCUUGCCUCUCCAUUAGCGUUAGUCAUGUGCAUCUUCGCCGGUCUCAUGUACCUCAACUAA